GUGUUUUAGUUUUUCUUUCGGAACGAAUCUGCGGCCGCUGCUCGACAGGCUCGCUGACAGGACGUCACUUCUGGUGGGUUCGGGCGGGCUGGUUGAAAUCGCAGGAGGGAGGAUGCGUGUUCGCUGUCGUGCAGCUAAAGUAACCAUCAUCCGCUUGCUUUAACGCGCUGGUUCGCUAUAACACACAUGUGUCACCCGCUUAAAUAAUCGUACGCACGUUUGCGUUAAACACAUCGACAGUUGAAGUUAGCUUAGCGAGUAGCAGCUAGCAAACGUAGCCCCUGUUGACACUGGACGUGUUUGUGUUGAUGGAGCAGCUGAUGUAACGUUCGCGUAAGUAUUAGCAUUAGCCGGAUAAAAACCUCUUUCACUUCACAAACUAUGGACCGACCGUCAAGGAAGACAAAGACUGUGAACUACCGUGAACCCAAUGACUGUGAUGAUGAUGAUGAUUUUGCCUGUGCGAAGGCUCCACCCAGGAAGAAGGCCAGAGACGAUGUGAAACAACAGGAGCACAUGAAAUCGUCAAGCAGGUCGUCCAGUCAAGAGAACAACUCUCAGUCCAGCCAGAAGAGCAGAAGACCAUUAGAUGAGAGGUUGUGUGAACGAGAUCUAGAGGCAGCCAUUACGCUUUCCUUGCUCAAUAAUGCAGAGGAGGUAGAGGACCAAUCACCAACCAGUAAAGACAUCAAGGUUCCUAUUCCAUUGGAUGAAAACACAGACCCCUCCUCACUGCACCUGUCAAACUGCAGCGUGAAUGCUGCAAUUUUGGGCCUGGAUGAAAUCACAUCCGAAAAAGUUUUACCUGCCUCAUCCAGACAAAGAAAAGCCCCCACUGAGGAGCAGAGGAAAAACCUGAAGGAAGAAGAUGACGAUUAUCAACCCAAACUGACACCAGAUUCAGAAAGUGAUGAAGAUUUUAGCGAAGCGGAUGAGAGUGAAGAUGAAGAAUUCACCGUGAAGAAAGUCAGCAAAACAAAAAAGAAGGAGAACGUCCCCAAGAAGAUUAAAUCACCUCCAGCCUCUAAGAAAGAGAAGCAACAGUCAAAGACAUCAAAGUCUAAAUCUGUGGCGGCAGCUUCCACACCAGUGAGAAAUCAUCCAGCUCCCAAAUUUGUAUCCAAACGCCCUGCUUCAUCCCCCACACUUCCUACAUUUAAACCUGUAGUAUCUCUGAGUCCAGCAGGGGGCAGGAUACCCAAGUGGAACCCACCAGGUCAAAUGGGUAAAAGUCCUACGUCUUCCCACAAUCCCUCAGGGAAGUCUCCGGGUCAGGGUCUGCGACUCGGACUGUCUCGUCAUGUCAGAGUUAAACCGCUUCAUCCCAGUGUUACAAGUCACUGAUCUCUUCAACUGUCCGUGUUUGUUUCAGUGAAGUACAGCUAUAAUAACCUUUUAGCUUUAAUAACUACUUUCAAACAAUCUCCUGUAUAUAUUUGUUUCUUGAUUUGUACAAUAAUAAAUAUGACGUGAUUUCCAGCAGAGUGUAUUUUCAGCAUUGGCCACAAAUGCCAUAUUUUGCCUCAAGUAAAAAGGUCAGGGAAGAGUGAUGGUGACAUAAAUCAUAGAUGAAUUCAUUUGUCAAAGGGUCAUCAGUUCAGUAAUUUUGGAGAUGUGGGCAAGUGUUAAUUGUCUCUCUUUUCAUUCUUGGUUGAGAUUAGAAACCGAUCCAUCAUUCAGCUUCUGUAUCGCGUGUCAAAAGGUGUAUGAACACGUUUUUUUGUUCGCCAAUAACAGAUUGGUUCAGAAACAGAGCAAAAUACAAAUCUACAUUUGAGUGAUGUCUCAAGCUAAUAGCUUAAAGCAAAAGCGUCUUGUAAAAUGGAGAAAUUACAUUUUAAAACUUUUUCACACAUUAAAUUGAAAUGAGAAUAAAAUGAACCAUCUAAUCCAAUUUGGGAAGAAAAACUAGGAGUAGUCGAACCUUUCUGGAGAAUAUUUUAUUCUCUUGAGUUCUCUGAGGUUUUACAGUAAUGGUCCACUUUGCCUUUAGCAGUGUGAAAAUCAUACCCUCAUAAUUGUACUUGACAAGAAAGGAUCAUGAUCUCAGAUUACAGAUUAUCAACCCAGAUCCUCCAUUGUUGGUGUUGGAUGCGGUCACAUGAGUUCGCAGCCUGAGGGAUUAGGAUUUUGAUUUCAUAUGAUAUCUUCAGUCGCACUUGGUGUCUUUUCAUGUACAAUAAAGUGAAAACUCUUGUGUCUGAAAACACA